AUGGGGUAUCUGUCGUGUAAGGCGCAGGCGUCGGUGAUCACCUGCAGGUCCAUCUCCAGCGUCGUCGAGCAUCCUGCCGCCACCGCCGGAGCGUCGUCGGCGGCGGGGACGCCUCGCAAUGAUUUUGCGGGCACCAGAGGCGGCGGCAAGGGGAAGGCUAGAGCUGCUGCCGGUGAUGGCGGAGAGGAGGAGGUUGCGGCGGAGGACCGGCGGAAGAACCAGGCGCUGCAGGUCCCGCGCCGUGUGCGCGUCUUCUCGUACACGGAGCUUGAGGCCGCGACGUCGCAUUUCUCCGAGCAGAACCUUCUCGGCCGCGGCAGCCAUGGCUCCGUCUACCGCGCCAUCCUCCGCCCCUCCGGUCGUUUCGUCGCGGUUAAACGCCCCUCGCGCUUGCAGCAUUUCCAUCACCGCCCGAGCGGCGGCGGCGGCGGCGGCGGCGGCGGCGGCAGCGGACGGUUCCUCAUUAUCGAGCGUAACGAGGUGGAGAACGAGAUUGACAUCCUCUCUCGGAUCCACAAUCCCCGCCUCGUCAAUCUCGUCGGCGUCAGCACGUACGACGAUAGCACAGCGGGCGACGACGAGGCCCCCUCCUGCUCCCCCUCGCCUGCAGCCAUUAUUACUUCAUCGUCUUCGUCGACUUCUUCUUUCCGGAGGGAGAGGCUGCUUGUGGUGGAGUACAUGCCCAAUGGCACUCUCUACGAGCUGCUUCACUCCAACCCUCAUCCUCCGGGUUGGGCCCGCCGCCUUCGCCUGGCGCUUCAGACUGCCAAAGCUAUCCACGCCCUGCACUCUUGCACCCCGCCCGUCAUCCAUCGCGAUGUGAAGUCCGCCAAUGUCCUCAUUGAUUCCAGCUUCAAUGCGCGCCUUGGGGACUUCGGUCUUGCUCUCCGCGCUGCCGACGACAGUGACAAUGGCGGGUUGCCAUCUUCAUCAUUAUCUACUUACUCAGCCUCCCUUAGAUCGACGCCACCUGCAGGCACUUUGGGCUAUCUGGAUCCCGGCUACAUCACCCCAGAGAAUCUCAGCACCAAGACGGAUGUGUUCAGCUUUGGUAUCCUCCUCAUCGAGAUAAUGAGCGGUCGCAAGGCCAUUGACGUAGCGCACUCGCCUCCAUCCGUGGUGGAGUGGGCUGUCCCUCUUCUUCGCAAGGGCAAGGUUCUAUCGCUUUACGACCCAAGGAUUCCCCCUCCCAAGGACCCUGCGGCAAGGCGGCAGCUGGCUUGUCUCGCAGCAAGCUGUGUGAGGUCUGUCAAGGAGAAGCGGCCUUCUAUGGAAGAGGUGAUUGUUUGUCUUAAGCUUCUGUACAAGACCCUCCCUUCGAAGAUGUGGACGAGUGGCCUCUCCGUUAGAAAUCCAUGCUUGAUGGUUGAGGCCGUGGAGAGUACCCAUAAUAAGAAGCCGAGCCGUACUGAUAUUGAGGAGGUCACCACUUUGAGCCCUGUGGCGAGUUGUGCAAGCCCUGCUCGUGAAUCUGAGGAUAAGGAAGGCAAAGAAAUGCUCACGAAGAAAUCCCCCUCUUCUUCCAAGGCUGUCCACCCGCUCAUAAAUUCAAGGAAGGAUUUCUCUCAAUCAAGAGGUGGUCGUACUAGUGGGAGAAACUUGAUGGAUCUGAUGAUGGCUCCUGAUGUGGAAACUCUUAAAUUCAUUGGGAGCUGUCAUCAGGGGUCAAUUAUUAGGAGGCAGAGGACUCUCCAUCGAUCUCAAAACAAUAAUGAGAGGGAUCAUAUUUUGGACCUCUGGAGAAAUCAUUCUAUGAAGGGGAGUAUUGAUGUAUUAUCAAAUGUGGAUGCAGUCAAGGAUCUGGAUGGAAAAGUCAGUAAGCUGGAAGUAGAGCUUCUUUAA